AAGAGGAGGAGACCGUCGGGCCCGGGCGGAGAGGCGCGGAGGGGAGCGGAGCUAUGCUAAACCCGGGGUACCGCUGAGGCGGGGCGGGCCAGGCCAAAGGCGGGGGCUCUCCGGCGGCGGGCGCGCAGGGGCCCGGCACCCGAGGCGGCGGCGAGGCAGCAUUUCGGCGCGGGGAGCGGCUCCGCAGCCACCGGGCCAAUGAACAUGUCAGUGUUGACUUUGCAGGAAUACGAAUUCGAGAAGCAGUUCAACGAGCAUGCGGCCAUCCAGUGGAUGCAGGAGAACUGGAAGAAAUCAUUCCUAUUUUCAGCACUGUAUGCUGCCUUUAUAUUUGGUGGUCGGCACCUAAUGAACAAACGAGCAAAAUUUGAACUGAGGAAACCACUAGUGCUCUGGUCCCUGAGCCUUGCUGUCUUCAGUAUAUUCGGUGCUGUUCGAACUGGUGCUUAUAUGCUGUACAUUUUGAUGACCAAAGGCCUGAAGCAGUCAGUGUGUGACCAGAGUUUUUACAUUGGACCUGUCAGCAAAUUCUGGGCAUAUGCAUUUGUGCUAAGCAAAGCACCCGAACUAGGUGAUACAAUAUUCAUUAUUCUUAGGAAACAGAAGCUCAUCUUCUUACACUGGUACCAUCACAUUACUGUGUUACUUUAUUCUUGGUAUUCCUACAAGGACAUGGUGGCUGGCGGUGGCUGGUUCAUGACCAUGAACUAUGGAGUACACGCCGUUAUGUACUCGUACUAUGCCUUGCGGGCUGCUGGCUUCAGAGUCUCACGCAAGUUUGCCAUGUUCAUCACCUUGUCGCAGAUCACUCAGAUGUUGAUCGGUUGCGUGAUCAAUUACCUGGUCUUCUCCUGGAUGCAGCAGGGCCAGUGCCAUUCCCACGUGCAGAACAUCAUCUGGUCCUCUCUCAUGUACCUCAGCUACUUUGUGCUCUUCUGCCAUUUUUUCUUUGAGGCCUAUAUUGGCAAAACCAGAAAAGAAAGGAAGGUUGACUAGUGGUAGAAACGAGAAGCCAUAGCUCAGGGUCAUCAAGAAAAACAAAAUUAUAAGAAAAGAAAAUGGCACAAGGAAACACAUAUAUGUAUGGUGCAGCUAAAACUUGGCAGCUUAGGGAAAGUUAGCUUGGUUUAACCCAGUAAGUUUAUGAUCCUAUCAUGGUGAGGACUCACUGAAUUCUACUCUAUCUCAAAGGACUGCUGAUGAAAGACAACUUCCUUCUUGUACCUGUCUGCUCUAGAAAAGAAAGGAGAAAAGAAAGAAGAGAAAAAAGAAAAGAAAAAAGGGAAGAAAAAAGAGAAGAAAAGAGAAAAGGAAUAAAGUUGAGGGAAAAAGAAAGUACGUUACAUAAGCAGUGUGUUUCCCCAGGGUGGAGGAGAGACUUUUAUUUCCAAAAAAAAAAGUUCCUAAAUCCUUUCUAAUAAUUUUUCAGCAUUAAACUUGAACAAAACAAAGCAGAGAGGUGACAAAAAAUACCUGUCUAUGACAACAGUAAGAUUGAAAAAUUAAAAUCUUUUCCAUAGAAGGUCGGUACCUUUAGCCAAAACGAAACCCAAAAGGAUGUUUCCUGAAUGGGAAGUGGCUGAACUGCACACUGUGGUCACGAACGGAAAAGAGAAGAGAUUGAUUUCUCUGCUAUGUACUCUGCUGGAGGAGCAGAUCUGGGACGCAGAGUUGCCUCCCUCAGAAGGCGGAAAGGAGCAGUAUUUUUACAAGAGUUUAAUGUGAAAAGAUGCACUGUUGCAAUACAUAUCUCAGAGAGUGCAUUUUCCAAGUGCAUUUUUCAGUUAAACGCAAGGAAUUUCUGCAGCAGGAUAAGUCAUAGAGGGUUAAAUCAAUCACUAUUUGCAAAAUUACCAGGGGCUAAUAGCAGAGGGAUGUUCAGGAAGGAGAGGGAGACAACUCCCCUCGUGUGAUUUUUAGGAAUUAUCCGUUAAUCUCAAUUUAACCCGCAGCAACACUGAAUUACAUGGGAGAAAUCGGAAGAAAUGCUAGUUAGCGAGAAGAGAGUGAUACAUCUGCCCACUGUUUCCAGAACAGAGCCCUGUGGCACAAUAGGGAUUCUGUGUCUGUGUGGACACAAGGAUACCUGCCUGGGUGGGAAGAGGCGGCAGGACUGCGCGACAUUGGGUAACACUGUGCUUCUGCAUCUGCCUCCCGGGCGGUGCAAAGAUGUUCAAAGUGCCCUCCUCUGGUCAUGUGGAGAUACUACUACAAAACAUACUUGGAAUAGGUUUUUCUGGAGAUUUGUAUAGAAAAAAAAAUUAGUCUAAACGGAGUAAUUUUGCUGCAACAGCUUAACUCUAAAGUCCAGAGAGAAUGAUCUUUCAUGAAAUAUAUCUCUGUCUCUGCAGAAUCUGUACUGUAACAUCAGACUGACCACUUAAGAAGACCCUCUUUCUUCUCUGAAGUCAGCUACAGAUAUAAGGAGAAACGUAUUUCACUCUGAACCUUAGAGAGUUAGUUGAGAACAGCCAUAUUCUUUCAAAGAGAAGUAGAUUGCAUUAUCUGUGAUAUUCCAGUCCUUACAAAGCCAAAUAAAAUGUGUAAAAGUUCCUAGUAUUUCAAAGACGCAAGUAUGUAAACUUGAUGUUAAAUGUGUUAAUGUAGUAUUCUAAAUUGUAUCAGUUAGGUAGUUUAACUAAACAAUUAGAAGAACUAGAUCAACAAAAUAGGGACUGCUGUUCUGCAUAGGAUAUACACACACCUAUAACUACACCCAUAGACACAUUCUGUGAAUUGUCAACGAGAAAAAAAAGCCCAGUGGCAGAGAAUCACGUUUCCUGGCUAAUGCAAAAGAUUGUCAUUAUCUUUCUUGCUUUAAUUUGAGAUUGUACAGUACAAAGGGUAUUUUUUUUUAAUUAUCAUUUCUAGCUUUAAUUGUGCUGUCAUUCAUGAAACAGAGCUGCUUUAGUAUCCUGUUAAGAGAUGACAAGGGCUUUCGGUGUCUCAUUAUAUACAAAAGAAAAACAAAUAAAGUUACAUUCCAUGUUAUGUCAAUGGUCUUACAAAUCAAAAAGCCUUUGCAGGCUAAAAUCAUAAUUAUAACAAGCAGAAAACGAGUUUACAUUUGUGUUACUUAAGUUAUUGAUGUGCUGACGUUAUUUUAUGGUACACAACAAAUAGCAAAAUGUGAUAUGCAGUAAUGAAGCUAUGAUAUUCAUGAAUAGGACUACUGUAUACAUGGAAAUAUUAGACAAAACCAAUUAAAUGUGUAAACCAUUUUGUUAUACAGCUUGGGAGUAGAUAAUUAUAAUGCUGAAUAAGC